CAGUCUGCGCGUCCGUCUGCGCAGUCGGCCGAGGACUCCUAUGUGGGACAUAUUGUGUGCCGUGUUUUGUCGAGUCGGGGGUUUGUUCGGAAAUCCCAUGUUUAUUGUGUAAAACCGACCGGGAGGAGAUCCGACUUUUGUCAUGUCGUCCAACAACCAGAAGCUCUCGACGACCGCUCGCGCCAUACAACAUGUGUCUUUCCCCCCUUCGCACAAAUUGACGGCAAGCGAGGUGUUCGAAGCGCGGAGCGGGCGGCCGCGACCGGAUGUCCUCAAGCAGCAUUUUAUGACGGAAGGACGGAUAGACGAAGCGGCCGCCCUUAAGAUAAUCAACGAAGGAGCGACCCUCCUCCGGUCCGAAAAGACAAUGAUAGACAUCGAGGCCCCAGUUACAGUCUGCGGAGAUAUCCAUGGGCAGUUUUACGACCUAAUGAAACUGUUCGAAGUCGGGGGACCUCCUGCGACCACCAAGUACCUCUUUCUCGGUGAUUACGUCGAUAGGGGUUAUUUCAGUAUAGAGGUGAGUGCCUGUUCAAAUAUUCCAUACCUUCUGAUAACUUGAUUAGAGGUACACUUU